AUGCUUCUAAACACAGCAUCGCUUAGGGGUCUCUCACGAUCCCUACUAUCACGAACAACGGCGAGGUCAACACCAAAAUUCUAUUUUCGACUGGUGUUGCCACAGAGCACGCGACUGUUUUCGACGAGAUCUUGCCACAGAUUUCAUCAAUCAUGGAGAAAUUUAGAGAAAGAAAACAAGGAUGAAGAAGAACGCUUGCGGGAGAAACACGAGGCUCGCGACAGAGCAAGAGAGCAGGCUAGGUUGAGACAUGCUAAAGAAGAAGAAGCAGAAGCAGAAUCGAAAUCGAAAUUAGAAUCAGAACCAGAAACCAAUGCAAAGGCUAAGAAAGGGAAAACUCGUAAUGAAGAAAACGAUGAAGAUGCAAAUUUGUCGGAAGAAGAAAAAGAGAUCCGUCGAGAGUUGCGCAAGCGUGCCAAAGCAAGUGGAAUGGAUCCCAAAAAUUUAAAAAUUGUCAAGAUUGAUCUCCAACAGGCACUCAACAUUGCAUUCAUUGUGGGAUCUGGUGUGCUUUUGAUGACAUUCCUUUAUGCUUCAAACCAGAGAGAAGGCGAUGAACUAUCAAUGCAAAGCUUUUUCAUCAACUAUUUGGAGAAAGGAUUAGUUACUAAGAUUACCGUCAUCAACAAACAAGCUGUUGAAGCUCAGCUUGUUGCUGGUGCAGUAGCUGCGCCAAGUGGUGGAAUUGCAGGCCAUGCACCGGGCGAAGGGUAUAGAGGUGGCCACCCGACUGUAACUUUCACUAUUGGAUCUAUUCAAUACUUUGAAGACGAAUUGAAUAGAAUCCAGGAUAGUUUACAAAUUCCUAUCAAUGAAAGAAUACCAAUUGCAUACGAAGAAAAAGGAACGUGGAUCAAUUAUCUAUUACCAAUUUUGCCUACAGCAUUGCUUAUUGGUGGGUUAUACUACUUGACGAUGAGAAGGAUGCCAGGUGGUCCUGGAGCUGGCGCUGGUAGUGGUGGACCAGGUGGUAUUUUCAAAGUUGGCAAAUCAAAAGCAAAAUUGUUUAAUCAAGAAAAUGAGGUCAAAAUCAAGUUCAAAGAUGUUGCAGGCUGUGACGAAUCAAAAGAGGAAAUCAUGGAGUUUGUCAAGUUUUUGCAAAAUCCGGAAAAGUAUGAAAAACUUGGAGCAAAGAUUCCUCGUGGUGCUAUCUUGUCAGGGCCACCAGGUACUGGUAAGACACUUCUUGCCAAGGCUACUGCAGGCGAAGCUGGUGUUCCUUUCCUUAGUGUUUCUGGGUCUGAAUUCGUGGAGAUGUUUGUCGGUGUUGGUGCAUCUCGUGUCCGUGACUUGUUCAAAAAGGCUCGUGAAAUGGCUCCUGCUAUCAUUUUUGUUGAUGAAAUUGAUGCAAUUGGUAAGGAAAGAGGUAAUGGCCGUAUGGGUGGUAACGAUGAACGUGAAAAUACAUUAAACCAGCUUCUUGUUGAGAUGGAUGGUUUUGAUACGGGUGACCAUGUUGUUGUUCUUGCCGGUACAAACAGACCCGAUGUUUUGGACAAAGCAUUGUUGAGACCCGGUAGAUUUGAUAGGCACAUUUCAAUUGAUGUGCCAGAUGUUGAAGGUAGAAAGGAAAUUUUUAAAGUACAUUUGAACAAACUUAAAUUGGCCAAAGUCGAAGAGAUUGAUAUCAAGCAAAAAGAUGUCGAUUUUGCCAAGUACCAAGAGUUCAAGACCAAAGCCGUUGAAAACUUGGCUGGAAGAUUAGCUGCAUUGACUCCUGGUUUUGCAGGUGCUGAUAUUGCAAACUGUUGUAAUGAAGGUGCUUUGUUUGCAGCCAGAGAAAAUGCCAAGUCUGUUGAAGUGCAUCAUUUUGAACAGGCCAUUGAAAGAGUAGUUGCUGGAUUGGAAAAGAAAUCACGUAUUUUGUCACCGGAUGAAAAAAAGACAGUUGCAUAUCACGAGGCGGGUCAUGCCAUUUGUGGUUGGUUUUUGGAAUUUGCGGAUCCAUUGGUCAAGGUAUCAAUCAUUCCUCGUGGUCAAGGUGCAUUGGGAUAUGCCCAGUACCUUCCAAAGGAUCAGUACCUUACCUCUCAAGAACAAUUUAGACAUAGAAUGAUUAUGGCAUUGGGUGGACGUGUAAGCGAAGAACUCCAUUUCGAUACCGUGACGAGCGGUGCACUGGAUGAUUUCAAGAAAAUCACCUUGAUGGCACAGCAAAUGAUUACGCAUUUAGGAAUGUCAAACAAACUCGGACAAAUUUGCUAUGAUACCAGCGGCGACUCCAAUGGCGGAUUUAAAGUACACAACAAUUACUCAGAAGAGACUGCAAAAAUCAUUGACGAAGAAGUCAAGCGUUUGAUUGAUGAGGCGCACGCUGAGUGUACAAGACUUCUUAAGGAAAAGAUACAGUUGGUAGAUGCAGUGGCAGAGGAACUCAAGGAAAAAGAGGUUCUUACAAGAGAAGAUAUGGUGAGAAUUUGUGGACCAAGACCGUUCCUUGAACGAAAUGAUGCUUUUGACAAGUAUGUACAUGGUGACGAUGCCUUCAAAGGUAAGCCUAAAACAAAACUGGACAAAGACAAAAAAGAAGCAGAUGACCAGGAUAGCCCGUCAGCUGCUACUGCAUAA